UGCAACAUUCAUCAUCAGAAUUUCAACCAUGGUGACGAUGCAGAAGCAGCUCUCGAUGUUCGAGUCUCUACCAGGAGAACUCCACAACGCAAUCAACAAACUCCUCAACUUUGAAUCUAUACGCAAGUUCAACCAAACAAACAGAUACUUCUACUUCAUCACAAUUCUAACCGACAAAGAGAUGCCUCACUGUCUGUUCCAAGGAUUCAAGCACAGAACAUCAUGCGACCAACGAGUCGAAAAUCGAUUCCUCUGCCACUGUUGUCGCUAUAUCGUACCCGCCGAUGAGACGCCAAAGCGCUGGCCGUCACUAUCUCAAGGGGUCGAGAUGUACAAAUUCAGAGUUUGCAAACUGUGUCAUGGGUACUGGUCCAAACAUCCGGAAGCGUGGAAACCUAUACAGCCCAAGACUUUCAAAUUUGUUUGCGAUGAUGGUCCAGGCUUUUCAAGACCUGGUGAUUUGAGGUUGAUGGAGACUGGUGUGGAGCAGAAGCGUGACUCGUCGACCACGCCUUUGAUGCAGAAGCUGAGAUCUUGGAUGAAGGGACUUUGGAACUGGAUGUACAGUGCACCCCCGGUAGAUCAGUCCUCGCCAUGCUGUACGUAAAGACCGGCAAGUACCUUUAUAAUGGUGAGAUUUGACCCAAAUAGCGGUUGUUCGAGGGCUGCAAAAUCACGCUAUUGGCAUAGAACUAGAAGGCGCUUCUACUAGAAGCGUGGUGCCGAGAUCGUGAUGAAGCUGCCGAGACAAAUCUGACAGCCAAGGUCGUGUCCUGGAAGAUGGGAUCUUGACUAAAACGUCUGUAUAGCUGGUGGUUAGCAGAUAGUACAAAGAAGGCGAACUACAGACUGUAAGCACGUUGAAAAUCACAGUAAAGACUAUAACCCAAGAUGUCGCCUUGACUUUUGCAGGC